UGAGUCGCGCUAUGUGAUGCUGUUGUUACUGCCAUUUCAUCAGCGGAUUUUCAAAAAUAUCUCUCCAUCUUUAAACAUGGAAUUACCAUAAAAUGAAACCAUCGACAAGUUUUAAGGACGGCCAUUAUCCUAUUUCACAUGAAACUCGCCAGUACAGUAACAAAUCUCAGUGUAGAAUAAAAUAAAAUGAUAGCCUAGGACAAGGCCUAUUUGCGGAUUACUCCUUGGUGUAAAACACAGCGUUUGACUAGGCCUCCUGGGAUCACUGUUUCAGAGAGCAUCUUCGAGAGAAAAUAUUUCUCAAGAUCAUGGGGUUUUCUAUUGCCAGGCGUUGAUCGCCCAUCCAACAAGAUUCUGUGAGAUAUGGAAGCGAUAUGGCUGUACCAGUUUCGACUCAUCGUCAUUGGGGACUCGACAGUAGGAAAGUCGUGCCUGAUCCGGCGAUUCACCGAGGGACGCUUUGCGCAGGUGUCUGACCCCACAGUCGGUGUAGACUUCUUCUCAAGGCUAGUGGAGAUAGAGCCAGGGAAACGCAUUAAACUUCAAAUCUGGGACACCGCUGGACAAGAGCGAUUCAGGUCUAUUACCAGGGCUUACUACCGUAACUCUGUUGGGGGGCUACUGCUGUUUGACAUCACCAACCGUCGCUCCUUCCAGAAUGUGCAUGAGUGGCUGGAGGAGGCCCGCAGUCAUGUCCAGCCUCACAGUAUCGUCUUCCUGUUGGUGGGUCACAAGUGUGACCUGGAGUCCCAGAGGCAGGUGAGCCAGCAGGAGGCUGAGAAGCUGGCAGGUGCCUAUGGCAUGCGCUACGUGGAGACAUCGGCUCGCGACGCCAUCAACGUGGAAAAGGCCUUCACUGAGCUAACGCAGGACAUAUUUGAGCUUGUCAAGAGCGGUGACAUCAACAUCCAGGAGGGCUGGGAAGGGGUGAAGAGUGGCUUUGUGCCCAAUGUGGUGCACUCCUCAGAAGAGGUCACCAAGAGUGACCGCCGGUGCCUCUGCUGAAUGUCCUGUCUGUCUAGUUGGCUUUACCCCCCCCAGCCCAUGCAUUCCAGUAACAUUAUGACCCACUAGCUCCCUGUCUUAUCACCUGGCAUUUAUUUGGCUCUCUCACUCCUAUCCUGAAUACUGGAAGGCCAUAUCAGCUCUAGUCUACCACUGAAGCAAAAAUGGACAAACCGAUUUGGGUCGUUCCAUGAAAAGAGUGCCUUUUGUGUCCCUUGGAUAUUUUAAGUAGAAAUUGUGCACCAAUAUUGCAUUUGAAUAGCCUGUUGCAUUUCGACAUGUCCCUCUCUCAACCCUGUGUCUCUUCUAGGAGGAUUUUAACCCACUUAAUCCCAACAUUUCUCAAAGUAACAUUUUGUUGCUUUGCCAAAGUUAUUUCUGAAGAUUAUUAUUCAUUUCGUGUGAUUAGUGAUUCAUUUAUGUCUGUCCCUCAUUUUAAGGUCAACGGAA